AUACUGCAUCCUCUAUCUCUGUGUGUGUAUAUAUUAUAUAUAUAUAUUUGGCAUUUUUAGGUGGGAGCGCGUUGUGAUCGACGAUCGGAGUUGAAAGUUCGUUAUUUCACGUGCUUUCUUUUAUAAUUCAUAAUAUUCACUUUUGUUUUUGCUCCAUAAUUCCGUCUUUGGUUCUUGUUUAUUGAAUUUCCUUAUAAUAGGUAUGUACAUCAUAUGAAUUUUGCGCCUAUUAUAUACUAUAUUGCUUACAAGUAAUAGUCGCGCAUCCGUGGACGCCUUUCUGUUUGUUUUUCUUUUAGAAUUGUUGCAUUAGAUGUUGUUUUGCCUAGCAAUCCGUUGCUAAUCCUAUUUAGCAACGUAUUAGCCAUAGAUUAUCGUAAAAUUUUGUUAGCUACGACCAAUAUAGCAACAAAUUAGCGACGAACCUCGUAGCUAAUUCUAGUUUUUUUUUUUCUUUUUUUUUUGUGUGUGUGUGUAGUGUCCUCUAUUGUGGAAUCUCUCAAAUGUUUGUGUGUAUGCAUUUCUAGAGAUACUUUUGGUGCAUUGUAUAGUAAUUGUGGUGUUGUGCUCUUGAUCUAGGUUUCAUUUUUUGGUGGAAUUGUGAUUGUUGUGCUACGAAGAAAAAGAGAUUGUGUUUCUGUGCUCUGAGAUCAUGGAUGAUUGAUCUACGUGUUGUUGCCUUGCAAAUGUCUUAUGUUUGAAUUUCAUGUUUAUGUAGUGUUGGUGGAAUUGUGUUUUAUAUAGGUGAGCUUUUCAGCUUUGUGGUUAUAUUAUCUUUAUAAGCGAUUUUUGAUUCAUCGAGUAUAAAUAAUCGUCGAUUUCGUGCAUUUGCCUUGGUUGACGGAUUGCGUGAGUCGUUUGCUUUUGAGUGAUUGAGUGGCAACAAAAUAUCUGCGUAGGAACGAAGAACGACUGACAAAUUAUUUUGGCUUUCUUUGGACUUAGGAUGAUUGAUGAAAUUAUCUAAUUUUACUCUUGGAAAAAUUAUAGUUAGAUAUAUAGGUGCUCACAGGUUUAAGAUAUGGGGUACCUUGAACUUUAGGGUUGGCUUUGUUAUCUUGAUUAGCUAAGAAAUGGAGGGCAAGGUUGGAAAGCGUUUCAACUGUAAUCGAUGGUUAGUUCAGUGAAAAUCUGCCUAGAUGGGAAAAAGUUGGGCAUGUAGUGAAUGUGAUCAGAACAGCUGGUGGCUGUUUUAGCAGACUUGUGGUCUUUCAAAUCUACACUGCUUCUUAUGUGCGAUUUCAGUACAUACGAUCAUUGAUGUUUUGUGACAGUAUGUGAAUUGCAUUUGUCAAUAGAAGUUCUAGUGAGAAAUUGAGUGUUUGGAAUUGUAUGAAUAAACUGAGAAUUUCAACAUCCAAUACUCAUAUAAAUGAAGAAUAUGUGGAAAAAUCUAGAUUAGAAUUUAGAAAGGAAAAAAAAACAAAUAACAAAAAUCUUGGAUAAACUGAGAAUUUCAACAUCCAAUACUCAUAUAAAUGAUGAAAUAAUUAGAAGAAACUUUACUUAGAUUAAUUUGAUGCAGAAGAUCAUUACUUUUUUUUAUUUCCUGCCCUGUUCCUUUUCUGUUGUGGAGACUGGGACUAUAAACACAAGGAUUUUCUAAGUAUGUCUUUGGUCAAUCUGAAGUUGCAAAGCUGGUGUUUUAAUCAAAUGGAAGUUGUAUUCGUGAUAGCGCCCUUUUCUUUGGACAUCUAUGUCAAAUCUUCUGUUCAGUUUGUUCAUCACACGGUUUCCAUUUUCUAUUUUGUGUUCAACUACUGAUGCUGGUAUCCGCUGAGGCUAUUGGUAUUUGCAGUUUUCACUUUUCCUUUAAUAGGCUGAUUUAGGAUUAGGAGUUUCGAGUGCUUUCCAAGCCUUUUGGUGUGUUUUAUCUUCUAACCUACCUAAUCUUGAGCUCCUGAAGGAGAUCAUCUGGUAUAUGUGGUGGUAGCUGUUCUUGACUGAUUUGUAAUGAAAUUUUCACAUGAGAGGUAGAUGGUGAAAAAUAAGAUAUCGUGGCAUGAUGCUUUUUGUUUUCUGCUUCAGUUAACAAAGAUAUGCCUCAGGGUGAAAAGGUAAACAAAAAAGAAAGGAAAAAAGGAAGAAUAAGAAGAAAAAAACAAAAAGAUGACCACCGAAGAUUAUGGACCUGUUGGAUGUUGUGACCCAAGAGAUAACAUUUUCCUUUCUGACAAUGAAAGAUUCCAACUAACCCACCCUUAGGUAUUUAUAUCUUCUUCAGGGUAAGAUUCCCUUGUUGAAGUGACAUGGUGCAGAAUCUCAGACAGAGGUAGGGUUGUCUGUGAUGGACAACAAAUAAUUCAUCUCUGCAGUCUCGCCCUUUUGCCAAUAUUUUUCUGUCAGGACGGGUUUGAUAUUGUUAUCCAUUUCUUUUACCUUAGGUUGGACUACCGUUCGUCAGUAUCUCUUUAUAUGGAGUUCUCCAAGAAUGAAGUCAUCAUGCAGUCAUUAUUAUCUACUGCUGGACGCUUUGGAGCUCCGCAAUGCUUCACGAUAGUUCUAGUUUGGGUUCCUUUUGAACCUACUUGUGGAUUCUUGUAGAUCAACUUGUUUUGAUGAAUUCCAAUGGUGGAGUUUGCUGAUUGGAGCUGUCAACCUUUGUUGGAAUUUGUUGUUGCUGGUUUCAAUUGCUGUUGAUGUGCGACAAGCAACAUUGUCUGAGGUGUUUUGCCCAUUUGGAGGGGCAAGUAGACAUGCCUUUGUAGGUUUAGGAUUUUUCCCUUAACUGUUUCCUGAAUGCAGGGCUUGUAGUUUUUAAUUCAUCCAUAAGGCUCAAUGGGAGACGUAGCGAUUGAACAUUCAGGGACGCCACGUUGUGAGGCCAUAAGCUUAGAAAAUUUUACAACAUCUGAGAAUGAUGCUGAUCUGGUUCAGAGUUUCCAUGGAGGCUGCUUCCCUGAGGAUGGUACACGUGAAGAAAAAUCCACUUGUACUGAAGCCCUUGAUAGAGGUUACUUGGAAUAUGGCUGUUCCCAUUAUCGGCGUAGAUGUCGCAUUAGAGCCCCAUGCUGCAAUGAGAUAUUUGACUGCAGGCAUUGUCAUAAUGAAGCUAAGAACAAUAUCGAUGUUGACCAGAAAGUAAGACAUGAGAUUCCUCGUCACAAGGUGGAAAGGGUUAUAUGCACGCUUUGUGGUACUGAGCAAGAGGUUCGGCAAGUUUGCAUCAAUUGUGGUGUGUGCAUGGGCAGAUAUUUCUGUGAGACGUGUAAGCUAUUUGAUGAUGAUAUAUCCAAGAGACAGUAUCACUGCAAUGGUUGUGGCAUUUGCAGGAUUGGUGGGAUGGAGAACUUCUUCCACUGUCCCAAAUGCAGAUGUUGUUAUUCAGUUCUGUUAAAGAACAGCCACCCCUGUGUAGAGGGGGCAAUGCAUCAUGACUGUCCUGUUUGUUUUGAGUAUCUCUUUGAGUCGGUAAAUGACGUGACAGUCAUGCCCUGUGGACACACUAUUCACAAGAACUGCUUGAAGGAGAUGCAGCAACACUACCAAUAUGCUUGUCCUCUCUGCUCUAAGUCGGUAUGUGAUAUGUCAAAAGUGUGGGAGAAAUUUGACAUGGAGAUUGCCGCAACACCGAUGCCCGAAUCUUAUCAAGACAAGAAGGUUUGGAUCCUUUGUAAUGAUUGUGGAAUCACCUCAGAAGUGCAAUUUCACUUUGUGGCCCAGAAAUGUCCAUGUUGCAAAUCUUACAACACCCGCCAAACUAGAGGCAGAUAGAGGGACCAAAUAUCAAUCAUCAGUCUGGCAUUUAUGUGAAACUGAUCCCACACCCUAUGUGGCUAGAGUGGUAAUUCUGAGUGGGAACUGAUUGGGCUUUUCAAAGCUAUAAGCUUGGAGGAAAAACGAUGGGAGGAAGGGGUUCUAAUAUGAUCCUGCUUGUAGCACUUCUGGGGUUCUCGUAUUUUCGCAUUUCUUAUUCCUUGUAGUAUGUGGCAUAUAAAGAAGCCAGUGUAAUUCUGAAGACGCUGACAAUACUUGUUCAGUGCAAGCAGUAUUAUUGUUGGCAUGUUAGCAUCUAAGUGUGUGUGGCUUUCUUCAAUCCUUUCUAGCAGAGAGACUUGAUGCGUUGUGUGAUAUUGUAAUUACAGAUGAAGGUAAGGCAUUAGUUCAAAGUGUCAUAGUACCCAAGGCAUAAACAGGACUGGCCUUCAUAUCUCGA